AUGAAAACUAUAAAGCAAGAUAUCCCAAAAGACUCUCUUUCUAAAAUAUUGGCAUUUGCCAAUAAAAAAAGAAAGUUUAGUAAUUCUGAAGCAUCGCCAUCGCCAUCCCUAUCCUCGGAUAACCUUCUUGAAUUAAGUAAAGAGGUCUCAAACGGCUCUCUUACUGAUCUUCAUGGAAACUUCUUAAGCAUCCUCCUCCAGCCAUGAUUUAUCAGCCGGUUGAAUCCAUACAGACCAGAUUUUUCCUUCCAGAAAGCAUCGGGGCAUGAGCCCACUUCACUUCCUCAUCAAGGUCUCAUCGAGUCUUCACAAACUUCAGAGCUUGCUCCUUCUCUCGAGAAAGAGCAAGCUGAUCUUUCCCUUAAAACUUUAUUUGGAAUACUUGGAUAUUGAGGUUGUGAGAAUUACCAGUCUAAUCUGAAAAUCCUUGCACCUAAAGAAGAGGAUAAAUCCUUUGAGGAUGCUCCUAAUGACCUUUCACAUAACUCUAAUACCCAAAGUAUCUGUGAAGUUGAUGUGUGUCAGAACUGUGACCAAGAAAUGGAUGAAGUACCCAAACCUAAAAUUACAGCAGAAGAUUCUCCUUUAAACAUCAGAGAAGAGGAUGAAUACUUGAUGGACCUUCACCCUCAUACAAAUGAGUUUGUUACUAACCCUUCCACAGGCAGACUAGUCAAGAAGAUAGUGUGUAUGCAUCCUGGCUGCGGGAAGAAGUUCGACAAGAAGUGGAACUUCAAAGAUCAUAUUCGUAUGCACAUGGGAGAUAGACCAUAUAAAUGUGCUCACUGUCCAAAAACUUUCACUCAGAAGGGCAAUUUGGAUAAGCAUAUGAAGCAGCAUGAAUUUAAGGACUUGCAGUCCAGAAAAAUUCAUGAGUGCCAUAUCUGUCAUAAAAGAUUCACUGAAAAGUACAAUUUGAAGAACCACCUUAAGAAGCAUGAGAAGCUUGGAAGCAACAUAAGAAAGAAGAGAAAGUCAAAGAGCAGAGCUAAAAGGAACAAAAGGACCAAGGAGAUUAAGUAAAUCUCCCUUAAGAGCUUAGCAAAAAGUA